AAACAGAGUACAUAAAUAUGCCUCAACCCUCUCUGUCAAUAGAGCCGCACAAUAAAUUCCCCAACAAUCGCAAUGUCUCACAACAUCCUCAUCACCGGCGCUUCAGGCUACCUGGGGGGAACCCUCCUCGCCCGCUGGGCAAGCGCCAACCUCCCCGCAUACCAGAACCUCUACGCCCUCGUGCGAACAGACUCCCAGGCCGAAGCAGUCAAGCAAUACGGUGCCGAACCAAUCUCAUUCAAUCUCAACGAUGAAACCAGCAUCACAGAAGCCAUUCUGUCGCGCAAAAUCACCAUCGUCUACUUUCUCAUCGAUGCGCUGGGAGGGGAACACCAACCAACUAUGAUCAAGGCCCUUGCAGAAGUGAAGAAACAGACUGGACAGGAGGUUCAUUUCUUGCAUACCUCUGGUGCGAAGCUGUUUAGUAGUCAUGCGGGACACCCGACAGAUCGACCGCUGUACGAUAAUGACCCGCAGCUUUAUGAGAUUCAAAAGAGUGCACAGCCGCUGUAUCCUAUUGCGCAAAAGGGUCUCGACGCCAACAACCUCGUCAUCGAAACUGCGGAGGAAUACGGCGUGCGAAGUUACAUCUUCACACCGUGCGUUGUCUACGGAGAAGGCGAGGGCUUCGGAAACAAGAUUUCCAUUCAAACAGUGGCUAUCGUGAAAGCUGCUAAAGCUGCCCGUCGUGUAUACAAUGUCGACUCCGACUACCCUAGCUGGCCCGUCUCCCAUAUUCUAGAUACUACAACCCUCUAUCUAGACAUUCUCCGAAAUAUCCUCUCAGGAAACGACAUCGGACAUGGUAAGAACGGGUACUACCUCGCCGCGAGCGGCAGCGUAGCCUGGAUCAACAUCUACCGCACCAUGGCGAAAGGACUCGCAAAGCGCCAAGUCGUCGACAGCGAAACCGUGGAUGAGGCAAACGAGGACAACCUAGAGGAGAUGGCAAAGGGUUUACAAUAUCCAAAGGAGUUUGUGAAUCUGCAUCUUGGUGGAAACUGCACAUUUGAGGCAAGACAUGGUCGCGAGAUUGGCUGGGAACCACAGUAUCCAGCCGAGCAUAUUCUCGAGGCGGCUGAUGCGGAAGUUGAGUUGAUUCUCAACAAUCUGUAGAUGACUAUUUCUUGUGUUUUUGAGGCCGUCAUGAUACGAAUACUACAGUUUACUUACUACGUCU